AUGAUGAAACCCCUGUAUAAGUUCAAGGAGACAGUUGAUAAUGCAUUCAUCGAGGACAAAGUGCUCGAAGCUUGGCGUGAUCAUGAGGCCAGCUACGGGGGGCCGCCGGAGACAGAGGGAAAGACAAUGGUUUUCCCGGAUGGUACUACUAAGCCGCUGAAGGACUUAGGGCCGAGGCGAAGGCUCCGCGGGAAAGGCCGUACAGGAGCCUUAGGCGCUGGGGCAUCCACGCCGGCCACUCCGAGGAGGGUUGAGCCGCCAGAUGGUGAGACAGAUCAUAGAGGCGAGCGAUUGGUGUGGAUGCAGGUUUACAGCAGCCUUGGCGGGGAGUUAGGCAUCGAAGUCCACCCUCCCCCGGACACUGCUAGCUGGACCGUCGGCGGCUACAAGUAUGUGCUGUUCAUGGAUGGCUUGCAAGGUGAGAGCAUUGUCCUGGCCAAGCAGAUCGCUCGGGAAAGCCUAGAAGCGGCGAGGAGGCUGCUGGAGCCGGGGAGUGACAGGAGGGAGGAGACACGAGAUGUUCGGGUCCUCCCCGUCUUGUUUGACUCGGCAGAAGAACGAUGGAGAACCAUUGCGGAGGCGCUCCCAGAGAGUGAUGAAAUCGAGUACGAUGAUUUUCCGUUGACUGGCCCAAGGACAGUGAUGAGGGACCUUCGCCAGCUGCGGAGGGCCGGCUUGGAUUUUGUCCAGCACCACGAGAGUUGGAUUAAAAAAUCUGGUGUAAGAAGCACAGACAGAUCAGUGCACGAACACGCCAGCAUUUGUCGUGCUUUGCAGUGGCUGACCUGCUAUGACCAGGUAAAUCUUCCGGCCCUUGCGGGAGCUGAGGCUCUCAACCGUCGGCGCGCCCUCAUCGAGUUCGCACAUCAUGGAAGACCCGAUGCUCCUUCUUACGAGGGAGCCGAGGAUAUAUUGGGAGUUCGCGAGUCCAGCGAUGGGGCGAUGAUCGACCCCGCCUUGACUUCCUUUGCGGUUAAGCAGGCCGCUAGCAAAGCCGAGGUGUUGAAGCAGCAGCGCUUGGCAGCGGAGGAGAAGAAGCAUCGGAGAAACCAGUCCUACAUUCAAGAUGAAGAUGGCGAGAGACAGACUGCAACAAAGGCAAAAGCCAAGGCAAAGGGGGGCGGAAAAGGCUCCCCCGAAAAUCCCUAA